CUUGCACCCCAACUCCUCCACGACGUCUGGAAUGGCCCCUUUUUCUGACCCCAAGACUGUCAUCACAGGCAUAAAGGAAAGGGUCGAGUCUAUUACUGUCCAAGGUGAUAGGUUAUAUGUGGGUACGGCACUAGGAAACUUGCGGAUAUAUGGCAUUGAUGAACAUGCUGAAAAUGACAGCGAAAUUGCAUCCUUGGUCGAAGUGAAGAAGAAUUUGACACGAAAGGCCAUCGAGCAAAUGGGGUUCAUUCGGGACAUCAACUCAUUGGUCGUACUGUCGGAGAUGACGACAACGCUCUUUCCUUUGCCCACUCUCUCCCCGUCAACAGUUCUUACUCAGGCAAAGGCGGCCUAUUCGUUCACUAUCCACAGUUUUACGCAACACUUUGAUGCAGAAGGAAAACCAAGCCAGCCGGAUGCCAAGACUAUCCCAACAUUGUUCACAUACCUUGUUGUGGGCUGCCGACGUAAAGUGGUCAUUUACACAUGGAAAGAUGGUGAAGCACAAGAGGUCAAGGAAGCGCCAUUAGCACAUUCACCCAGAGCCAUGACAUUCAUGACCAACGAAGGCAUUUGCUUUGCAUAUUCCCCAACAGAAUAUGCCGUCUUCAACAUGUCCUCUAUGACAGCUGUCGAUGUCACGAUGCCAGUAACCACAUCCACCACGGUGUCUGGUAUGGGUGCAUUUUCUGGUCUCACGGGGUAUAUGACCCUUGGUCUUGGAGCCAAGGCAAAGCCAUCCGUUGCACAAAUAAACGAGGCCGAUACUCUUAUUCUAAAAGACCACGAAGGUUACUUCAUCGGACACGAUGGGAGACCCUCUAGAACAAGUUCUAUCGAGUGGCCAGCGCCACCAGAAGAAAUAGAAUUUGUCAAACCUUACAUAUUUUCUGUACUCCCGGCAGGGACAGUUCCAGCUCCUGAGCCAACGUCCGACCAGCAUCAAAAUCCAAGUUUUUAUCCGACGACUGUCCUUCAGAUCCGAUCGUCGUUGACUUUACGGCCGACUCAGACCAUUUCUUAUCCGUUCAUCCCUCCUGUAGCUCCCACCGGCCCCACGCCACAGAAUGCGUCGGUUCGCUUGCUUACUGCCAGCCCUGCGUCCAAAUCUCCGUUAUAUCUCGUUACGACACCAACGGACCGGACUGCCGCUGCAGCCGAGGGCAGCGCGAUAUGGCAGUUCUGCAUGAAGCCUUGGUCUGAGCAGAUCGACGAGCUAAUUCUAAACUGUCAAUAUGAUGAUGCGCUGACUCUUGUGGACACGAUUGACGUAAAGAUACUUCCCGACAAGGAUGCGAGGAAGACGAGAAUACGUGCUCUUCAUGCUGUCUCCCUGUUCCGGACGUCAAAAUUCGAUGCAGCUGUCGACACCUUUACUGAACUAAAUAUUAAUCCUGCAAAAGUUGUCGCGCUUUAUCCUGAUGCUGUGGCGGGGCGAUUAUCCGUUGCUCCGGACCGGUGGAUACCUCUGUUUGGUGGACCAAUCCCUCCCGACGAUGCGCCUGCAACGCCUUCCAGCGACGAUUCAAAAAAUGAUAGCCAGGACAAAGUCUCUGUUGACGUUGUUGAACAGUUGGCUGCCUUCCCUCCAACUGGGAGUAUUAGGGGCAGGUUCAGGACUGGACUUACGGCUUUGAUGACCCCAACGCCGCCCAGAGACGAUGAUUCAGCUUCUAUACGUAGCAAAACAAAGCGCACUGUUCCCGAUAAUUUUAAGCGGUCGGUUGAAACCUUGGUUAGGUACCUGUCGGACCGCCGGCCCAAGGUCGAUGCAGCGUUGGCUGCCAUGGGUAUAACACCUGCACGCCAGUCUCACAAGACCCCGUCUCUCAACGAGACCUCUGUCGACGAUCUGUUCGCUCUGCCUGAUGCUCCCUUGUCAGCAUUAACACCUGAGCAGUUGCUUCGUUUUGCUCAAGUCGUGUACACUGCACUUUUCAAGUCGUAUCUGAUCAUUCGUCCGGGUUUGUUGGGUCCUUUGUGCCGAGUACCUAACUGGUGUGAAGUCUCCGAAGUUGAGGAGGAACUUCGGGCUCAUCGUAAAUUCGGAGAGCUUAUUGAUCUAUAUAAAGGGAAGAAAAUGCAUGACAAAGCACUGGAACUUUUGAAACAGCUCAGCGACGAAGAGGAAGACAUGCUGGACAAGUUACGACCAUCAAUUUUCUAUCUCCAGAGGCUUGGUCCGGAGUAUCUGGAUCUGAUUUUCAUGGCCUCGCGCUGGAUAUUCGACGCGGACCGGAAUAUGGCUUUUGAGAUCUUUACCUCCGAAGAUGUUGAGCUCCCUCGAACGGAAGUGGCCGACUAUUUAGAAGGAAUCGAGCCAUCCCUUUGUGCAAAAUAUCUGGAAUAUCUAAUCGAAGAGAGGAAGGAGGAAUCUACAGAUUUUCACGAUCGUUUGGCAGAGUUAUAUUUGUCUAUGACGCUCGUCGCCAGAAAGAGGGGUGACAGUGACUUGCACCAGGAGCUGCACGCAAAGCUCUUACAGUUUAUUGAUUCGACGAGCUAUUACAACGUUGACCAUCUGUACGGAAUACUUUCGUCCGAAGAUCUUUUCCAAGCCCGCGCAAUUCUGCUUGGCCGAUUGGGACGGCACGACCAAGCUCUCGAGCUCUACGUCUAUAGGUUACAUGAUUACAUGAAGGCAGAAGAGUAUUGCAAACGAUAUUAUCAGUCGGAGGGCGAAACGAGCAACAUUUAUCUUACCCUGUUGCGUAUAUACCUUCGGCCCACGGUCAAAGAUACACAAGACUAUCUGCAUCCUGCAUUGGACCUGAUCAGUCGCCACAGCCCUCGGCUCGAUGCCGUCGAAACGCUUAAACUCCUUCCUCCACUUGUCACUGCUGAAGACAUUCGCACCUUCUUGGUCGAUGCAAUGCGAGUUCCGAUUUUUAACAACCGCGUUGUGCGGGGUAUCAGUAAAUCGCGGAAUGACCAACUAUCGCGUAAGUUGAUGAUCCUGCAAACCAAGCGCGUCAAAGUUACGGAUAGUCGCAUAUGUCCACAAUGUCAUAAGCGGCUGGGGAAUAGCGUCAUCGCUGUGCAUUCGCCUAGAGGUGAAGUUACGCACUAUCAGUGCCGUGAAGCUUUUUCCCGUCGUUUGAGUGAGACGAGGCGGUAG